UAUCGAUUUUUUUGUUGCAGUUUACUGGUUGCGUUCAGCAAAAAAGCUCGUAAAAUUUUCUUAUUUAAUCGGUUUUUACCUUUAGAUUCGAAAUAUUAAGGACAAAACCAUUCGUAUUGUUCAAACAAACAAAAGUAGUAUAGUUUAUAUAGUCGAAACAAUUCACUUAUACGCAGUCACAUCACAGUCUAAUGGCACAGAAAAAUACGCUGGCAAAAUCCACUAUUUUUUUCGACUUUGUAACUUUGGGUACCUUAGUUUUCGUUCGAAGUAGAAGCGGGAUAUAUGAAGAGGUACAUCAAGAGAAGAACUAAGUGGAGAAUUAGCAUAUACCACGAACAUUUAAUUUCAACUAAUAAAUUUUUUUCUAUCUUUCGUGUUCAUACAGAUAUUAAUUUUUUGCCAAGAUUGCGCGUAUAUUUUUUUUCUGAUGGAUAUAGAUAAAAACUGCUAUCGCAAGAAAAAUGCACAGUUUCAAAGCGUUACCUAUUAUUGCAAACUACCAAAGUGUUCAUUAAUUCAAAAGUGAAGCGGGGCGUAAUCGCAUUUUUUGUUUAAUCGGUGCAAACUAUAAGCAAGCAUUACCUAAUGCGAUGAAAGCGCCCGGGAUGUAAUUAUUAUUGAUUCGCGUUCAGAGUGGUUUGCGUCUUACGAUUUUCCCGCUGCGAUUAUUUAGUGCUUUAGCUUUAGCUAUCACAUGGAGCAUAUUGGACGACAUGCGCGUGCUUUUCACGCACAGACGUCUCAGUUGAUUUUUAACGUUCAGCGGUCAACAAAGAGCGAUGAAGCGUGCGUAUACCAUCAGCCGUUCGGUUGAGCUUGGUCUCCGUUUCAUCGGCAUGUGGCCGGACUCAGCUUAUCCAAAUCUCUAUUGGUUUAGCUACAUGACAACAGUAGCAAUUGUGCAAUAUUGUCAAUACACGUACGUAUUUAUGCACUUUGACAAGAACAAUCUUUGGCUCCUCAUGGACUGCCUCAGUCUUACCCUAGCGUACAGUCUCGCCUUUCUCAAGCUCCUUGUCCUGUGGUGGAAUCGCCGGAUAUUUUAUUACAUUGUGAAGGCGAUAGAUGAAGACUGGAGUGAGUACGUUAUUAAUGAUUCGUAUAGGUCCACGAUGAUGAGCAUGGCAGAUUUGUCGCGCCGUUUUGCUAAUAUAUCGUUCAGUCUUUAUGCUGUCUCUGCUUUCUUUCUUUCAAUUGGCGAGCACUUGCUGCAGUCAAUGGAUGAUGUCAAUCAGUUCGGCAAUAGUUCCCGAGAACUUCCUAUAAAAAUGGAAUUUCCUUUCGAUGUUAGUAAAUCGCCGAUUUUCGAGUGUUUUUUAAUUGGACAAUUUCUUUACGAUGUGGUGAUAGCUUUUGUAGUCGCUUUAAUAAAUGCUUUACUUGUUGCAUUGGUAAGUAUAUAAUGAGAUUCAAAAGUUCAAGAAGAUUAAAAAAUUAAAGUAAUAAAAAAGUUUCAUCGGUUAAAUACGAUCAAUUUAAACUAAUAUAUUAAGACAGAAUGUUACUUUUAGAUAAUUAAAUAUUACUUUAGAGAUAUAAUUUAUAUAAAAUUAUCCAACAUUUAUAGAUACUUCAU